AUGAGGUGCAACCAAAACAGCUGUUAGACAUUGCAACAGGGAUAUUCUGGCAGGCUGUCGAGAAUUAGUUCUUGAAUUCUGUUGUGGUUUUGAUCACUAAAAUGGCUGUGACUUUUGGACUCUCUUUGAGUGUUUCUUGGAUUUGUUGCCUGCUAAUUGGAGGGAUAACGUGCUUUACCCUUCAAGGUGACGCUUAUGGGCAUCCUGCCUGCACUGGACCUGAACCAACUGGAUCCCAAGCAAGUGUGGUGUCUGGUCCAAAUGCUAAAGCUACUGGCUACAAUAGCCUGGCAAGUGUGACGCAGGGUCCAAAUGCCGCAACUGCCAACCAUGCCUCUGCAGAAGCGGCUGGCCCCCGCGCCUCAGCUGAAGCAACUGCCAGCCAUACCUCUGCAGAAGCGGCUGGCCCCCGCGCCUCAGCUGAAGCAACUGCCAGCCAUACCUCUGCAGAAGCGGCCACAGGCCCCCGCGCCUCAGCUGAAGCAACUGCCAGCCAUACCUCUGCAGAAGCGGCUGGCCCCCGCGCCUCUGCUGAAGCAACUGCCAAACAUACCUCUGCAGAAGCGGCCGUCGAACCCCGCGCCUCAGCUCAAGCAACUGCCAGCCAUACCUCUGCAGAAGCGGCUGGCCCCCGCGCCUCAGCUGAAGCAACUGCCAGCCAUACCUCUGCACAAGCGGCUGGCCCCCGCGCCUCUGCUGAAGCAACUGCCAAACAUACCUCUGUUGAAGCCACUGUCGGCCCCCGCGCCUCAGCUGAAGCAACUGCCAGCCAUACCUCUGCAGAAGCCGCCGUCGGCCCCCGCGCCUCAGCUGAAGCAACUGCCAGCCAUACCUCUGCACAAGCGGCCGCAGGCCCCCGCGCCUCUGCUGAAGCAACUGCCAGCCAUACCUCUGCAGUAGCGGCCGCCGGCCCCCGCGCCUCAGCUGAAGCAACUGCCAGCCAUACCUCUGCAGAAGCCGCCGUCGGCCCCCGCGCCUCAGCUGAAGCAACUGCCAGCCAUACCUCUGCACAAGCGGCCGCAGGCCCCCGCGCCUCUGCUGAAGCAACUGCCAGCCAUACCUCUGCAGUAGCGGCCGCCGGCCCCCGCGCCUCUGCUGAAGCAACUGCCAAACAUACCUCUGCAGAAGCGGCCGGCCUUGCACAGACGGCCCGACCCCUCAACAAGCUAGAUAGGGAGAUCAUAAUUUGGUUUGCCCAACUCCUUAAUCGUCUUUCUCCUGUUACUGUGCCUCCAUUUGAAGAAAAGGGCAAAGGUAAUUGAGGUGAGGAAUUAUGCAAACUAAUGCGCUUGUUUGAAAUGAGGAACUCCUUCACCAUACGACAAAAAUGUACCUCUGAUUUGGCCACUAUUGCUGACACUUAGGUUGUACGGUUAUGAUUUUGAUUUGGCCUGGUGUUCCUGCUACUCUUACAUGAUUUGUUCAAUAAACAAUUUGACUUCCAAAAUGCC